AUAUUCAUGAGCUUUCUUAUCGCGACGAAAGUAGUGCGUCUCAUGGAGAACAGCGAGCUCAUGAUCCUACAAAAAGCACAUGACGAGUUCAACAGUAAGAAUUAUAAACGAGCAGAGGAAUUAUACACACAAUUAAUCGGGUCUUGCACCAAAUCCAGAGACUGCAGUGCUCAUGAUUUGGCCAUCGCCUAUAAUAACCGAGGGCAGGUCAAGUAUCUGAGGGUGGAUUUCUAUGAAGCCAUGGAUGACUAUACCUCUGCCAUACAGAUCAACAGCCAGUUUGAAGUGCCACUGUAUAACAGAGGAUUGAUACGUUACAGAUUGGGCUUUUUCAAGGAGGCUGAGAGUGACUUUCGAAGAGCCUUGGAGCUGAAUCCUGAUUUUAAAGAUGCUAAAGAAAGUUUGAGUCAGACACUCCUGGACAGUGAAGAAAAGGUGAAGAGAGGCUGCUGAUGAGAAUUUCGAGUUGAUUGAACUGUUGAUUCAACUAUAAGUAAUAUCGUCAUGGAGAUGAUUGUGCAGUCAGAGUUUAAAAAAACAUUCAAACCUUUAAUUGUUUCUAUAUGUAGACUGAUAUUUUUUUUUUUAACCUGCUAGUUGUCCUUUGUCAGUAAACGGCCAAUCCUUUUGGUCAGUGAUCAAGAUAUGAGUGAAUGCAAAAAAUGCCUGACAGUGUACAUUUCAGAAUACUCUGAUUAAUUGUUGAUUUCUCAAUCACAAGUGGUGCAAUAAUUAUGUAUGUAUGUUUGUUUGUUUUUAAAUAAACAUUCUUUAAA